AGCAAGGAGGCGCGUACUACAACCAGAGGUCUGCAUGUACAGUGGGCAUUAGCAGUCCGAAAAAUAUGGUGCCCGCGAUGUACGUGUUUGUGCUUCUCGCUGGGCUCGUCGCCGCUAGUCAGAAGACCUGCCCAGAUGGAUCUGUGUGCAACACUGGUGACACGUGCUGUAAGCUACGCGGCCAAAGGUACACAUGCUGCCCUCUUACCAACGCCGUCUGCUGUCCGGACCGGGAACACUGCUGUCCAUCGGGUUACACGUGCGACAACGAAACCGAUGCGUGCAAGCCGCCAGGAGCAGGAGUGGCUCACGCGGCGUUCUUGCCGCAGGCGCUUGGCAACGUCUACCGCGAACCGAAGGACCACUACGUCGUCUGUGGUCUGCUAGGCGAAACGGUCUGUCCCGCCAGCCACACAUGUUGUACGAUGACGCUGGACAACGUCACCAACCUCAGCUGCUGUCCGUCCCGGGACGCCGUGUGCUGCGCUGACGGAAAACACUGCUGUCCCAAAGGAAGAACGUGCGAUCUUGCCGCUGGACGGUGCACCCACAACGAGGUCGAUGCACAGGGAACCAGAACGCUCAGGCUGACUCCUGCGAGGCAGUACGGAAAGAAGCGAACAAGUACGCCACACCCCGUCUCGGGGACCGUAGUGCCUUGUAGCGACGGGAAGUCUCAUUGCCCCGACGGCUACACUUGUUGCGUGGCGCCUAGCGGAUCGUACAGCUGCUGCCCGCUGAAAGACGCUGUUUGUUGCAACGACAACGUGCACUGUUGCCCACACGGCACCGUGUGCAACCCAGACCGCGGUGCCUGCCAGAAGGAAGGGCUUUUGCACGUGCCUUGGAGUACCAAGGUUCCCGCCACCACACUCUCGUGAAGCAGUCAUCGAGAAACACCAAGCCGUCGCUUUUGAGAAGUCCUUUAGUGGCAAUAUGAAUUAUAAAGUUGAGUAUAAUCUCAUUAUUCACGCUACCACUUUCAUUCGUUUUUGGCGUGCGGUUGUUCGCUGUCUUGAACGUACGGAACACGCAUAUCACCUGUCGCUGCGCGACUUUCAGUGCGGAAAAGAUGACAAAAUGCGGAGUAGGUACGUUUGUCGUAGAACGGGAAGAAAAAGACGUGAUACAAGGCGCCCGGGCUUUCGUGCUCACUGAUGGUAUAAUCAGUCGCAGCCGAUGCUGACUGAUAAUUAACGUUUUCGUGCAACGCCAGUGCCGAGCAAUGGUCCCACAUGGCAUGCAUGUCAGCGCCGUUUGCCCGACGCCACCUCGCAUGAACACCGCAGAAUAUCAACCACGGCAAAGUGGACAGCAUCUGCCUAUGGUCUGUAUUUCAACAUAUGUGCUACAUGAUUGAUAGCAAUCGAUAAAGAUAAAAGCCGCUUGUUUUAUAUGACUCAA